CUGCAACCUGUUGGGGAUGGUCGGUUGGCCCUGUGGAAGAGCUUCUCCCAGCAAGGCGAUGACUCCCAUGUCACUCUAUCGAGCGGCGUGCCGGGGUGUGUCGAGACACAAGCACAUACUACGUCGUGAAAACGCUGUUCUCUGGGGCGAAGGCCAACACGUGGCCGAAGCAUCUGCUCUGCGACGGCUACCGCAGGAACUGUGGCUUCGGUCUGCGCGUCGUUCGAACCAACCCGCAUGUCGAGAUGCUGAAGGCGCCGCCGUGGCCGCAACUGUUGGCCCUGAUGGGCGACUCGGGGGAGCGUAUCAUGAUAGACCUGCUUCUCGACUGUGCGGUCUUCGUGCCCCUGAAAGCAGGCACCAACAAUUUCUGCCAAAUUAGCGGUACGUCGUCCAAACUGCUAGUACCGAUGCACCCUCUGGAGAAGGUAGAGGAACGGCCGUUAGGUGACAUGAAAAAACCGCCGUCUGCAGUUAUUUUCAUCCGUAGUCGUAUGCUUUAUGCAAAAGCCGCGCUGAAUGCUCGAGGAUUUGUGCAUUUUGGUCUCAGGCAUAUUCAUGUCUUAAAUCGGUCUCCUUAUGUGUGUCCCGACGAGGAGGGGGAGCAAUCGGCUGAGAGCAGUAAACUCAUGGCUGCCCAGAACGACGCUCACACACUAAGGGUUAUGAUGUACAUUUUCCCGCGCCAAUUCGGACUUCACAAUGCCUUCACCUCCAAGGUCAAUUUCAAAGAGACGUCCCAGCAGCUGAAAGAUUAUACCCUGCGAGAAGAAGAAAUCCUAGGCAAGUUUGGCAGGCUCAAUGAUCCGGAUACUCGAGUUCACGUGCCUAAGCGGUUAAGGGGGGCCGCCACAGAGUUGGUCCGGAAACUCCAAAUCCUACACCAACGCUGUUCUUAUUCAGAACUGUUCCAGCAUUACUGUCCGGUAAGCUUCACGAGUCGCUUGAUUAUCGGGAAGUCGAGUUGACAGAAGCUAGUGGCGCCGGCAAAGCCAACGGUAGUGUAAAUGCACAGCGAAGAAAGAUAGCAUUGCAACUUCGAGGCCCAUCUUCAUUGCCGAGGAAGCCGGUGUCGUCCGUUUUUGGCCUGGCAACCCCAUUAGCGAGCGUGUCCUCUUUCUGUCGGUCUGUGUUGAAGAAUAUCGUGCCCAGGGGUUUUUGGGGGACCGGAUCUGCCGCAGCAGACCACGAGAGCAGGUUUCUCAAGCAGGUAGACCAUUUCAUAGCGCUGAGGCGCUUCGAAGGCAUGUCGCUCCACGAAGUGAUGCAGGAAAUGAAGGUUAGAAUUAUGGUCGCGUGUCUGCUGGAAAGGGACGGACAGGUCAAGCUAACAGUC